UUUUCCUGUUUCUACUUGUUGCUCCAAAAUUCACACUCACAUAACCUCUCUAUUUCAAGAUUUCUUUAACCAACGUAUGACGUUUUGUUGCAGAACCCGCACGUACGUCUCUCUCUCUCUCUCACACACAUACCUACAAACAUACACACACAUCAAGGCAUCUGCUUUAUAUACCAAACUUAAACUCCAACAACCUAGAAACCAUUGUUCUUCUUCCUCUUCAAUGACCAUGGUUUUUUCAGACUCUUUUGGUUCUCUCUCUCUAAACACUUCAAACCCUACUAUCAACCAUUUCAUCCAUACAUCAUCUUCUUCACUAGAUUUCCCAGUUAUGAUCACCAACCAGGACGAUGAUCAAGAGGAUGAAGAAGAACCCGAAGAACUUGACCUCAAUCUAAGUGGCAACACUGGCAGAAUCAGACAAACAAAGACAUGUGCAAGAGGCCAUUGGAGACCAGCUGAAGAUGCUAAACUUAAAGAGCUUGUGGCCCUUUAUGGUCCCCAAAACUGGAACCUUAUUGCUGAGAAACUUGAAGGAAGAUCUGGAAAGAGUUGUAGGUUGAGAUGGUUUAACCAAUUAGAUCCAAGAAUAAACAGAAAAGCUUUUACUGAUGAAGAAGAAGAAAGACUGAUGACUUCUCACAGAAUGUAUGGCAACAAAUGGGCAUUGAUUGCAAGGCUUUUUCCUGGAAGAACUGAUAAUGCUGUCAAGAAUCAUUGGCAUGUAAUCAUGGCUAGAAAGUAUAGAGAACAGUCAAAUGCUCAUCGGAAAAGAAGAAUGCUUGUUCAAAAUCAAAACCAAACAGGUUCAAGAUCCGCCACUCCGCCACCACAACCGGUGUUAAUCUCCACCGUUGCUCCGCCACCUUACAAUAUGACGUGUCCUCCACAACCACCGUUUGGUCUCCCCUCCGGUGGCAAGAAUAGUACUCAGAAUAUGAUGAUGAUGAUGGACAUCUUCAGCAACAACACAUCAUCAUCAUCAUCAUCAUCAUCAUCAACCACAUCAUGGAUGAUGGGUACCAGUACCAACUUGUAUGAUCAACAACAUCAUAAACAUGCAAUACCAUUGAUGAUGAUGACUGCUGGCAAAAAUAAUCAGUAUCACCAUCAUCAUCAUCAUCAUCAUCAUCAUGUUUACAACAGAAGCAGAAGCAGCAGCUCCUUCUCAUCAGUAACACCACCACCACCACAAGUUUCACAAAGCCAACAGUUUUCUGAGGCUAACAUUGACAUUUCACCACCACUUAUAGACUUCCUUGGAGUUGGAGCCACUUGAAAAUUUAUUUUUAGUACUUUCUUCAUUUACCUUCUUUAGUCAAUGCCAAAUUUAUUAGUUAACUACUCUCUUUUAUUUUUC